AAACCGCUCUAUUUACACGUGAGCAACCCUGACACUUCCAUUGUGGUGAAUGCUGAUCGCCAUGGAUUUUAUCGACAAAACUAUGAUGCGAAGGGUUGGCGAAAGAUCAUCAAACAGCUCAAGAAAAAUCAUAAGGCAUACAGUGCAAGGACGAGAAAUGCGAUUAUAGGUGAUGCUUUUGCAGCGGCUCUGAUUGACGAACUCGAGUACGCAACUGUAUUUAAACUGCUUGAGUACGCUAAGAAUGAAGAGGUUUUUUUCGAAUCUCACUCGACUGUUAUCAAUAGAGUCUUCACCGACGUAUAUUUCGGUCUUUCCAGGAAUAUUUGCCAUGGACAGAGACAAUAUCUGGUUUUUAUGCCAUCUUAG